UGCGCAUCUCCCAUCAAGUUCUAAGAACGUUACAAUUUAUUAUUAUUCCUUUUUACCCUGCAAGUCACGCGCUGUGUGUGUGAGAGUGUGUGUGUGUGUGUGUGUUUGCGUGCAAGUGGGAUUUGCUGGAAAACAAAAGAAAUACAUCAAUUUCUGCGAUUGAUGCGUCAGAUCGAUUUUUCAAUCAAAAUGUCGGAGAUACGGGAGGUAUCACAUUUCUUCCCGGCAAGACGGAAGGAAACGAGUUCAUCCACAGCGUCGACGAAUCAAUUCUCCACGAACCCAUCAUGAUGAGCCGAUGGCAGCCCCUAAAAAAUGUCAACUGGUAAAUUUAUUUUACUAUUUGCUUUGCUGGGGACCGUUUGGAAAGGAACGGGGUUUGACGUCAGCACUCAACCGAUUGGUUUCUACCGAGUGCCGAAUAUAGUGUAUUUCUACGUAGUCGGAAUGUUUUUAGUGCUUGCAGUCACGCCGUUUAGAUCAGGUUGGAUAUGUGAUAAUGCCUAUUCGAGCAGCAACAGUAGGAGCGAACGAAGAAACAAGUGAAACGACAGUUUCAGACAACAAUGGAACGGCUGGCAAGUAUUGGAACUGGAGUAUUCAUCCAUUAAUCAUUUUUUCCAUGUUGAUUGGAGUGAAUUUGACUGUUCCGUCCAAAAAUUCCUGUCGUCAAAAAUGGAAAAAGAUCUUCUGUGUUAUUUCUUUAAUGAUCCACGCAGCCUUCACGCUGAACUUGGUGCAGAUUUUCCAGGGUCAGCUGAGUGAAAUGACCAGCUUUUAUUUCGGAGAGGAUGGAAACCAAUCUACGACUGCCUUGUGGAAUGUCGUCAUCGAUGUUAUCAAUUUUGAAAUCGGCUGUUUUGGCGCCCACUGGAUUAUGUAUUUUUUCAUCAAAAAGAGAUGGGCCUCUCUCUGUGAUGCCUUUCAAUUGCUGGUUCCACUUUUCGACGCCGAAUUUUACAAGGAAUUUCACGCCAAAUUACGACGCUGUUCUUACUAUGGUUUAGCGUGCAUCGUAUUAGGGGUUGGCAGUUUGAGUAUUAUUGGAGUUGUUCCGAAUAUUAAUACGGAGACCACAUUCAACAUAAAAUUUUUGGCACUUUCGCAAGCUUUCUUCCAGAUUUAUCACGUAUUGUCAAUUACGUUGUUCGCUAUUGCCAGUUAUGCUUCAUCGAUUUCCUUUCAAUCUAUCGCUUUGAAACUGAAUGGCUGGAAAACUCCACAAGCUCUUGAUCUGCGUCCGAAUGCUGACCUUAUUCUCCUGAAACGCUAUUACGUUUUGACUUGCCAGACUGUCGACAGCAUUCACCAUUGUUUCGGCUGGAGCCUUCUAUUCAUCGUGCCACAUUUAUUCGUCGCCAUCAUUAAUGCGUCGUUUUACUGGUUUGCCAAAACUAAUGAGAACAACUCAGCUUCUGAAAUCGCGUUUUUCUUCUUUCUUCUCAUCAAUCUUUUCGUCGUUUGCACAACUUCCGAUCGCGUACGUAUUCAGUCGGAGAGGGUGCUCAAAGAACUUAUUCGACUAAGAAUCGAACCGAGACAUAAUCAUUGCAGAAAACAGGUCCAUGAACUCCUCAUGCAAGUAGUAUUAAACUCACCACGAAUAAGCGCUCUUGGCUUCUUCAACGUCAGUAAAAAAUUAAUUCCCACAAUGAUUGGAACGACGCUAACGUACUACUUUAUUCUCCGUCAGUUUCAUUCUUCAGAGAAAAAGUCUUUUCGUUGACACUUAUACUAUUGCAUUAUCGCAAUCAUGUAUUUGAAAGUUCACUUAAAUGCGCUCUUUACGUUUAAGAAUUUAUGCUUAAUUACGUAUUCAGUUUCCACGUCAUUCUAGAACGAUAAAGGGUGCAUAGAAUACGCGCAUCAAGCAAUUAUGAAAUGGAAAUACGCUACUAUUAUCAUACAUGAUUGACUGAGUCAUUAGGUGCACAUUCACUUUCGACGUGUAUUCUUUGUCGUUGUCAUUCGUCACGAAUUUGUAAGAUCACUAAUGGUUUAUCUAACAAGUGCAAACCCCCCCCCCCCCCAAACAAAAAGACCCAUUAAAGUCUACAACUUUUUUUUAUUAUUUAGUAGUCGGCGUAGAAUGUUGGUUCCGACAAGAACUGUAAGUGAGGAAGCAGUUGAAAAGGGCUGGUUAUGGAGUGUUCAACCUCUUGUCACUUGGGCAAAAUGGUUGGGUAUUGAUUUGUCGAGUGGACAGAAAUUUUCUCGGUGUUUUGUUUUGUAUUCCCUUUUUGUUCUUUUAAUUUCUAUGUCCAUUCAGUUGCUAUGUUUAAGCUACGUUAUCGAUAACCACAAGGAAAUAUCUGUUACUUUUACCAUUGAAAUUAGUUACAAUUCCGAUACUUUUUCAUGGAACACGGCGAUGGAUUAUGUUAACUUUGCUGUUCACAGCCUUGCAACCCACGUAAUUUUUUUGUCCAUUUUUCGGGCUCGAUGGAAUUUGUUGGGAGAAACUUUCCAAAAUUUUGAAUCAUUUUUGAAAUUCAGUUUCUUCGACAGAAUCCGAAAAGCCUCUAUUUUAGGUCUAGUUUGGAUCAUUCUUCUGCAUACUUCGUUAUUAGCUACUAAUCUAUAUCACCAUUCCGAAUAUGGAUCAUCAUUCUUGAUUCUUUUUUGUUCCUUGGUGUCUGUUUUUUCGCAAGUUUAUCCCAUCACGGCUAUAGUUCUAUUUUCAGUCGUGUGUUACGCUUCAUCAAACGCACAUCAAUCAAUCCGAAUGGAGCUUAAUCUUCUCAAGAAUACCACAACAGACGGGAACUAUUAUAAUCGCUUGUCAACUUUGAAGAGGAGACAUGCGCUUGUGUGUGAGACGGUCGAUCACAUCAACCACUGCUUCGGCUUUUUUAUGGGAAUUUCUCUGUCCUUUCAUUUUGUGUCCAUGAUUACAGCAUCAUUUUAUUUGUUCGGAACUGAUAAAGAGCCCGGAUCAGUUCUGGAAAUAGGUUUUGCAUGCACGCAAAUUUGUAAUCUUUCACUUAUUUGUUAUCCAGCGGACCUGAUCCGCCUUAAGGCAGAUUCAGUUUUGAGAAAACUCAUCCGUAUGCAACUUGAAAUGGAAGAACCCCUUAAGUCUCUGACGAACGCAUUCGCGGAGCAAACAAGCCUGUUUUUCCCUCAAAUUAAUGCGGCUGGUUUCUAUCCCAUAAGCAGAAAAAUCAUUCCUCAGAUAGUGGGAACGACACUCUCCUAUUUUUUCAUUCUCUACCAAUUUCAGUCAGCCGAGAGAAGCGAUACGUCAGUAAAUGCAGGAAUAUGAUUUAUU